UACUUAGUCUUUGAACUGCUUUACACUAGUGCUUAACGAGAGCAACUAAGCAUCAAAGGUCUCCAGAAUAGAGAGAUUCCCUCGUAGCACACUCUUUGAAUUACGUCACAGUCUCAACUACAACCGUCUAUCCAACUUCCUCAUUUUUCGUUCAAUUAAGCGUCCAAAGUACAACUAUGCUAACAACAGACCUAACACCGCACCUCGCCCUAAUUACCGGCGCAACCGGAGGCAUCGGUAAAGCUACCUCUCUGGCUCUUGCGAAGCUGGGAUGCAGUAUCGCAGUGCACUACCACUCCGCAGAAGAUGUUGCCAAGGAAUUAGUUACCGAGUUAAAGGGGAUGGGUGUUAGAGCGGAGGCGUUUCGGGCUGACUUGAGUGUUUAUGAUGAGGUCCGUACCCUCCAUGCCUCCGUCACCUCCUCCCUCGGCCACCCGACUAUCGUCUACAACAACGCCGGCCUCACCCUAAAACACGGCAUCACCUCCAUCGCCGACAUCUCCAUCGAAGAAUUCGAGCACACGUGGCGCGCAAAUACCGGUUCCGCCUUCCUCCUCACUCAGCUGUGUAUCCCGGCUAUGGAAGCCGCGGGCUGGGGACGCGUCAUCUUUUGCUCGAGUGUGGCGGCGUUCACGGGGGGUGUGGUUGGGCCGCAUUAUGCUUCCAAAUCCUCCCUCCACGGCUUGAUCCACUGGCUCGCGGGCGCGUAUGCGAAGAAAGGGAUUACGGUGAAUGGGGUUGCGCCGGCGCUGAUUCAGGAGACGAAGAUGUUGCCGGGGAGUAAUGAGGAGCUUGCGAAGAAGAUUCCCAUCGGACGUCUCGGUACGCCUGACGAGAUCGCCGAGACGGUCACCUGGAUGGUCAAGACGGGGUAUGUGACAAAUAAGGUUGUUGGGGUUGAUGGGGGGAUGUUUGCACAGUAACAGAUUCUUCGCGUCCACACGCAAAAUUCUAAAAACGUUGAACUAGCUUUUCCCACU